CGCAUCCAGUUCAGUCUGGGCAGAAAUAUUACUUAAACGUAUAAACAUUUUAUAUAUCCCAAAAAUAAGAAGUAGAAGCUAAAAAAAAAAAAAACAAACACACUAACCAUGGCGACUAAAAGAACAAGGUUCGAUAAAAUGAACCUGGGAAUGCCCGUUCACUCGGACCCCUAUGAAUUGGAAAAUGAAUCGACCACGUCGUUGGAAAGAGAAACCAGCGAGAAGGUCAUGUCUCACAAGGAUCUGGUGGAAAAACUGCAUAAGGAGGCAAAGCUCACGACGCCGGACUUCUUCGCAUAUGAUCCAUCCUGCAGCUCGGACGACUCUGAAGAUUUCGAAUUCCUGGAGACUAUCAAAGAGCGAGCCAGACGCAUAUCCUUUGUACGACGCCGAAAGCUGCACUACACUGAGUUCUCAACGGUCGAGUUGGCCAGGCGUCUGAUCCGCGAGGAGUUCACAGAGUCCUCGGAGAGUCUACUAAGCGUGGAUGAUGAACAUAUCUCCGAGAUCGGCGAAGAGGAGUGUCCUCCAUGCGACUCCGACACCGACGACUUACUUCCGUAUUUCCAAUACGAUCGGCCUACAGACCAAUCGAUGAUUUCCGACGAUAGUCUGCCAAAGGAGGAUCCCGAGCCCGGAUUCCAUCCCGCCCAUCAUUGCUUUAAUAAGCUAAUGAGCCAGACUCCUGAUCCGCCGAUGGUGUACGUUUCCGCGGAACCAGAACCGCAACCGGAACCGCCAAUGGAACCGCGACAGGAACCGGAACCAGAACCAGAACCGGAAACAGUACCACCACCACCGGCUCCGGAAGUCAUUGAAAAAACAUCUGCAGAAGAAGAAAAACACACUCGGGUCCUUGACCAUGGUGAAAAUAUUGACCUAAAGAAUUUGAACGCCAUACAGAAAAACAUAAGUUCGAAUGUGAAAAAACAUUCUGGUCAAAAAACGCGUAAUUUAUAAGCUAAAAUUGAUUGAUACAACAGGAUAUGGGAUCCCGUUUCGAUAGAUUUCUAUUUGACUGCAAACACCAACCUCCUUGUGCAUUCGAUUAGUGUUGCCUAAAUUAAGAAAAUGUCUUCAUAUGUUUCGUCGGCUCGAAAUCAAAAUCCAAUCCGUGUAGCCCAAAUGCUGCAAAUGUUUUUACUUCAUAUUCCUGAAGUUAUAGAAGGCUUUAUUUUAAUCGUACUGUCAAAUAAACCCAUAUUCGCAAAUGCAUCCAAGCUAAUUUAGACACCAAAUAACCGUAAUCGCCUCUGAUCUCAAAUGACUCCAUCAACGCCCUCUUUGCCCAGCUCGGCUUUAAAAAUAUAGUUUUCUCGACCCAAAGACCGCACAAUUAUUUGGGCCAUAAAGGACAAAACCCGCACUAACGCACACAUGAAAGGACGGAGGACAUUCAAAGGGAUAACUAAGUGUGCACGAUAAUGACGCCUAACGGGUUCCACUAUUUUCCUUGCUUUUCUUUGCGUGGGUGGAUACUAGGAAGAUGAGACAAAAAGGAGCUAUAAGGACAAUGUGCUGAAAUUAUUUCAAAAGUCUUUGUGUGCAAUGAAAUUCCGUAAAAUGCGGCAAUUUUGUAUUGGACUUUUCAAUUAAUAAAGUUAUUACCU